GCUGAUGCGCGUUGAGAACCUUGUCCACGGGCUUGCGGGAGUGCUCGCGCAGACAACUUAGGGGUACGCAAGUUCAUUGUUUGCCCGUAUUUUAUUUUAAGGUUUACGUUUGUCUGUUUGGCGCGUGCAUAUGUUUUCGAUGGACUCUCAUCCUCAGUCAUCGUCGCCCUUGGAAACGCAUAAAUAAUGGACAAGCGGCUGACCACAAGUAAAUGACUUCAUUUUUGUAACAGAAAGGCGAAAAUACAAAGGAAUGUGGUUUUGCGGAUGAGGGAAAUCACUGAACACGGAAACAAGUCAGGAGUGGAAUUGCACGUAGCUAACAAUUCAGUCUUUUCUCAUUUCAGCGAGUGUACCGAAACUUCCGAGGACUCUUAAAUCUGAUGAUAUCGUAUGUUUUAUUUGUGCUACACUUGCCUUUUUUUUUUGAAAGCCUGUGGCGAGAACUCAGCGCGUUCACAAAGAACAGACCCAGGGCGGCCGGGGGAGCGCUGCAUAUCUGUCUCGUGCCCCAUUUCAGGAGCAGGGACGCCGAAUAGAACAACACGAAGAAAAAAUGAAUUUCAGAACAACAGAUAACAGACAGACGGCAGCUGAUCCGUGAUAACUGGCGGAGAAAAUCCAGCAUUUAUGAAACUGGAGCGAUUCGCCAGUUUACGAUGAUCAUCAAUACGCUAAUUUCUUUUUAAAAAUAGCUAAUUACCCUUUACGUAGUUUUCAUUUUUUCUGUUUUAUAUUUUUUUUGGGUAAAUGCUUGAUUUUCGGACCGCUACAUUGCUCUGGUUCACGUUUCUGAUAAUCAAUGCAAAGUUGCACGUUCUCUGAUUGAGUUCGCUAUACUGACACAGGAUCUCCGUCACUGUUGUCCGUCACUGAUGGUGGCAGAUACUCAGCCGGCUGGUACUCGGCCCAGCUGACCCCGUGUUUGGGACGCUUGGCUACAUUUUAUUUUAUUUUUUUAUCCAAAAAAAUCGGAAGAAUAUUUCUCUGGACGGAGUGGCAUAGUUCCCUCGGUCGCUAUGGGACGAGUGUGUGCUGCGAUCGGGAUCAUCCUCUUGGAGUUUCUGUACCAUCUGUCAGCGGAAGAAGAGAUCCUGAUGUACACCAAGACCGAGACCUCCGACCUCAAAUGGACCAUUCACCCCCGUGAGAAUCCCCAGUGGGAGGAGGUGAGUGGCCUGGACGAGGACAACAACAGCGUGCGGACCUAUCAGAUCUGCCCGUCGGACGGCGCGGGCAGCCUGGGCAGCCACUGGCUGCGCAGCACGCUGAUCCAGCGGCGUGGGGCGUGGCAGGCCUACGUGGAGCUGCGCUUCACCAUGAUGGAGUGCUCCUCCCUGCCCUCCCACCACCGCACCUGCAAGGAGACCUUCAACCUCCUCUACUACCAGGCCGACUCCGACGAGGCCACGCCCGACCACCCGUCCUGGAUGGAGAACCCCUACGUCAAGGUGGACACGGUGGCGGCUGACUUCCUGUUGCGUAAGGACGGGGAGAGGAAGUUCAACGUGAAGACGCUGCGGCUGGGCCCGCUGACGGCGCGCGGGUUCUACCUGGCGUUCCAGGCGCAGGGGGCCUGCAUGGCGCUGCUCUCCGUGCGCGUGUUUUUUAAGAAGUGCCCCGCCAUCACGCGCGCCUUCUCCUCCUUCCCCGAGACCGUCCCGCGGGCGCUGGUGCAGGAGGCGCAGGGCGUGUGCGUGCCCAACGCCGCCCAGCGGCCCGCCAAGGCCGCCGCCCCCCCGCGGAUGUUCUGCGGUGAGGACGGCCAGUGGGUGGGGCAGCCCACCUCCACCUGCACCUGCCUGCCGGGGUACCAGCCCGUCGCCUUGGACGCCAGCUGCCACGAGUGUCCGGUGGGGUGGUUCAAAUCUGGACCUGGAGCCGGUCAGUGCUCCCUCUGUCCGGCCAACAGUCACUCCGCCAGCGUUGGUGCAGCGUCCUGCGCCUGUCGCCCCGGUUACCUCCGCGCCAGUUCGGACACCCCUGAAACACCCUGUACAAAGCCCCCCUCGGCCCCGCGCAGCAUCGUAACGCAGGUGAACGACACCUCGGUCACGCUGGAGUGGAGCGAGCCCCUGGACAGCGGCGGGAGGCGGGACCUGAGCUACGCGGUGCUGUGCCUGCUGUGCCGGCCCCUGGGGGCCCCCUGCACCCCCUGCGGGGACAGCGUGAGCUACCGGCCCGCCCCCGCCGGCCUGACGGCCCGCCGCGUCACCGUCUGGGGCCUGCUGCCCCACACCACCUACAGCUUCAGCGUGCAGGCGCACAACGGGGUCUCCCAGCACAGCGGCAGGGAGCCGGCCGCCGACAGCGUCAACGUCACCACCAGCCGCGACGUGCCGGUGCUGGUGUCUGGCAUCAUGCAGGGCGAUGCCACAGAGAGCAGUAUGACUCUGCACUGGACUCGCCCAGAGCAGCCGCACUACACCAUCCUGCUGUACCAGCUGCGCUACUGUGAGAGGCAGCGGCAGGAGGAGGAGCACUCCUGCAGGUAUAAGGAGUCCUCCAGUAACGAGGUGGUGUUGAGUGACCUGCGUCGGGCCACCGAAUACGAGGUGCAGGUCCGGGCUCGCACUGUGGCGGGGUACGGGUCCUUCAGCCCCGCCACCACGGUCCGCACCCUGCCCGAAGCCACGCCCGAUUCCCAGCUGAUGGUCACGGGGGUCCUGGUUGCCAUGGGAACUCUGCUGCUCAUCUCCAUCAUCGCCAUGGCCGUGUUCUGCAUACGCAAACACAGCCGGCUGAAGGACCCGGGGAUCAGUGACAAACAUGGACAGUACCUCAUGGGCCCCAGUGUGAAGGUGUACAUCGACCCCUUCACCUACGAGGACCCCAACGAGGCGGUGCGCGAGUUCGCCAAGGAGAUCGACGUGUCCUUCGUCAAGAUUGAGGAAGUCAUCGGAGCUGGUGAGUUUGGGGAGGUGUGUCGGGGGCGCCUCAGGGUCCCGGGGAAGAAGGAGAACUACGUGGCCAUAAAGACGCUGAAGGGCGGCUACACUGAGAAGCAGAGGCGGGACUUCCUGAGCGAGGCGAGCAUCAUGGGACAGUUCCAGCACCCCAACAUCAUCCACCUGGAGGGCAUCAUCACCGCCAGCUGCCCCGUCAUGAUCCUCACCGAGUACAUGGAGAACGGGGCGCUGGACGCCUUCCUGCGGCUGAAUGACGGGCAGUUCACUCCGAUCCAGCUGGUGGGGAUGCUGCGGGGCAUCGCCUCGGGGAUGAAGUACCUGUCAGAGAUGAGCUACGUGCACCGGGACCUGGCCGCCCGCAACAUCCUGGUCAACAGCAACCUGGUGUGCAAGGUGUCCGACUUCGGCCUGUCCCGCUUCCUGCAGGAGAACUCCGCCGACCCCACCUACACCAGCUCCCUGGGCGGGAAGAUCCCGAUCCGCUGGACGGCGCCCGAGGCCAUCGCCUUCCGCAAGUUCACCUCGGCGUCGGACGCCUGGAGCUACGGCAUCGUCAUGUGGGAGGUCAUGUCCUUCGGAGAGAGGCCCUACUGGGACAUGAGCAACCAGGACGUGAUAAACGCCAUUGAGCAGGACUACCGGCUGCCCCCGCCCCCGGACUGCCCCACCCUGCUGCACCAGCUGAUGCUGGACUGCUGGCAGAAGGAGCGGGCCGCCCGCCCCCGAUUCGCCGCCAUCGUCAGCGCGCUGGACAAGCUGAUCCGAAACCCCGCCUCCCUCAAGAUCGUGGCCCGCGACGGAGCCGGGCCCUCUCACCCCCUGCUGGACCAGCGUGGAGCCCCGCCCCUCUCCGCCUGCGCCUCGGUGGGGGAGUGGCUGCGGGCCAUCAAGAUGGAGCGCUACGAGGAGAGCUUCAUCCAGGCCGGCUUCACCUCCUUCGACCUGCUGGAGCAGCUCUCCACCGAGGACUUGUUGCGUAUCGGGGUGACCCUGGCCGGACACCAGCGCAAAAUCCUGCACAGCAUCCAGGACCUGAGGGUGCAGGCGGGGGACCCCACCACUGCCCGCUGUUAGCCCCGAAAACACACAGGCGCUGUGUGGACCCCCCACUGUCCCGCCCGUCACCAGAGACACUGACUCAGCAGAGCCCCUGGGGCCCUCUGACAGGGACGUGACAUCACAAUGGCACCACGGCGACAGAGGCAUUGCGUAACAAUGCUGCCGGACUGACAGGGACGUGACAUCACAAUGGACACUGAAUAGCCAAUGGCUUCAUCGGAACUCUUUGGGACUUUGCAUUUUUGUUGGCGUUUUUUUUUUCCCCCUUUCUUCGUUUGACAGCUGGUGACUUUUCACCCGGGGCCCGAGACGAGAGCACGCGAUUGGUCGGAAUUUGAAUUUGGAUGUUUUAACCGGCCAGUGUUUUGUUCUGUGUAGGGAGACAUCACAGGGCGAGUGGGCUGCUGCAGCCCAGCCUCUGAAGCUCCAGGGCAGCCUCUGUCACGCCAGGCAGGAGCAGGUGGCCAGGAAACAUACGAGCACUUUGACUUUAGUGGGAGCGGUUUUUUAAUGAGAGGAAUGUGAUUUCAGAUCAUCUCCAGACUGCAGUCGCUGAUCAGUGUUCAGAGAGAAAUGUUCUUACCCUGCUUAGAGACCAGGAGAUGACUAUUAAAUCUGUUUUUCAUUUGUGAAUGGACUUUCAGAAAAAAAGCCAUAUUUGUUAUUGUAAUUAUUAUUUUUUAAUUAUUAUUUUUAAUUAUUGUUGUUGUUAUCGUCAACGGUGAUUCACAUCAUUGGAUGCAUGCUCUCCUUCUUUCAAAGCCACACCUUGCAGUCAUCACUCAGACUGGGGUCCAAAACUGGGGAUCAUUGGGGUGAACCCCUCAGGGACCCCAGAACAAACUGUGCACCCUGGUGAACUUUGACCCUGGAGGAGCUAGGGGCGGGGCACGGCACUGGGAGUGUUAAAGCACUGUCAUGCUGAGAGUGUGCGUUUGUUCUUGUUAUUUUGUUGCCUUGUAUCUGUAUAUAAAUAUAUUUUAUAUGGGUG